AUGCCCAAGCGGAAGGCGAGCGUCCCCAUCUUAGGGCACUGUCCCUGUGACUCAAAGCGCAGAUGUGAAAGAGGCAGCGAGGGAGUUGUCUCCUCUUGCAGAAAAGCCAAAUCGGAAGAACAUCAAAUAGUGGACGAUGCUUUAUUAAAAUAUAAAGGCGGGACGACAGGACUGUUCGGGGGGUUGAGAUGUGCGGUGAUAAAGGAGUUGGCAACUCGGAUGGAGAUCGCCCCGCUUGAGGACAGUCUGGUUGAGGAGAGGCUGAUUGAUGAGAUUCUGGUUGAAGGGGGCCUCGUUGAGGACAACCCAGUUGAAGGGAGUAAUCUCUUUGGCGACACUUCGAAGGGGCACCCACAGAGGAGCCCUCACAGGUUAUCCCCCACAGUGGACAGGCUCACAGAUGCGCAACUCUCCCUUUUAGAGAAGGUUGAACAUCACGCAAGUAACAGGAUGUAUGGAAAGGUAAAAACGAGAGAGGCAAAUACAGAGGAAACUGAAGACGAAUGUACAGAGCAAGAUAAAGAGCAGAGUAAAGAGGAAAGUACAGAGGAAAGUAGACAGCAAAAUAAAGACGAAAAUACAGAGGUAAUCCCAGGGGGGGAAGACAAUUUUGAGGAGAUAAAGAACGAUGUAAGUGGCCCUCUCUGUGGUGGGAUGUCCCACGAAAUAGGCGAACAGGCUGACAUAAAACAUGUAGAUAUAGCACAUUUAGAAAUUACAAAUCAAUUCUUCACGAAGGAAGAUGAGGACCAAAUGAAGAGCUCAUCCGAGAUCGAGUCCGUGUCAAAGGGGGGAAACACUAAUGGUGUUGACUUACCUUUACGUGGAGAUAAAUGGGAUCAAAUAAAGCUCAGUGUGAGAAGUGAUCCAACCCUUGCAUCCACCCUGUGUGCAGAUUCUGCUUCGACAAUUUUGGGGUCGAGCCCAAUUUAUAGUCAAUCACUGCAGAUGAGGAAUGGAUAUGCAAAUCAACUGGAGGGGUGGGGAGCGACGGAGUGCCCCUCGGCAGAUCUGCCACAGUGGGAUCCCCCCAAAGAUGAAGAUGAGGAGGAUGGAAAUGAUGAAAACGAUAGAGACGACCAAGACGAAGAUGAUGAGAGAGUCUUCCGCGAGGGCAAAAUGGCCCCUUCCCACAAUGGAGGAAAAUACUUCGAGGAGGACAAACCUGAGUUGAUGACACACCCAAGCGGUUAUCCCCCCCUGCUGUCUACCCUAAGCGAUGAGUUGUUAUGCUGCACUUCCAAUGGUAGCGGUGAGACGAACAAGUGUAGUGGAACCCAUGAAUGCUUAACGGUGCAAAAGGAGAAGGAAGGGGGAAGUAUCCCUUGCAGAAGCAGGCAGGUAGACAUGAGCCAUCAUGGGGAUGGCCCCUCUGAUGAGGAGAAGACGUUUUGUGAAACCCUAACCAGCGAAGGAACCUCCUCCAAACGUAUCUACCAUUUUAGGAGAAGCAAAAAUAAUAUACAUAUAUACACACCAGGAGGAGGGGCCUACUUAACCAUCGAGGAUAACGGAGAGGAUACCCCAGUGUCAAUGACGAAUGAAGAAUCAAAUGAAACACUCCACUGUGGGAGUGGACAAAUCAAAGUUAAAAAGGAAGUUAACCCUGGGCAACAACAGACGGACAUCCAUUUCGUGAAGACCCAAAGUGCCUCCUUCCUGAGAAGCAGUAAAGAGAGUAACCACACGGAUAAUGAAACAGGUCUUAGAAAACCACAAGUGAUAUGCGAAUUGGAAUGUGCACAUAUGAAUGGCAAAGGCCGUUUUGCAGACAGAUCAAAAGACGCAAAUCCCCAUGAGGUGCGCAAAUAUGCAUGCGCAGAGACUCUCCACCCACGAAGACGAAGUGCACCGGGAAGGACAGGGAAGGGAAAACUUACACCAAUGUCGAAGAAAAAGGUAAAGGCAGAAAAAAAGAAAAAAAAAAAAAUCCCCGGGAGAAUUUACAAAGUUAUUGUACGGGGGAAGGAGUGCUGGAGGGCCGAGUGGUUUGUCCAGAAGAGCCUCCAAGAAAUGAGUUACCCCAAUGGAAGGGUCCAUGUGGCCAUGGCGAAGACGAACAGGGAAGCGAACCAGGAGAUGAAUACGGAGACAAACACAGAGAUGAAGACGGACGCAGAGGCUAAGAUGAAAACUGAAAAGGGUAGUGAAUGCUUCCAGGUGAGCCACCCCCACGGGAAUGAAAGCUCAGUUGUGAAAAAGAGUAGGCAGUUUUCUGUGUCUGUGUAUGGACCUGAAAACGCGAGACUGUUUGCCCUGUUCGAACUAAUCAAAUACAACUCCGUUCCGGAUGGCUUGAGAGAUGAAGCCAAUCUGUGCAUCUGCACCAUCAGGAAAAAUUUGAUGGUGCAGGGGGGGUCCUCCAACAAAUCUUGCAGCGGUCCAUUCCUGCCUCUUAUGUUUGCCGACUGGGACGAUGCCUACUCACCCGCCUUGUUCAGAAAAAUUCAGGGAGAUAUGGUGCGCAACUGGGGCCAGUUCACCAACGGGGGGUGCAGCGACAUACACAGCGGUAGCACCGAGGUACACGACUUCGGUGGCAGCAAGGAGGAACCUCCGCAAGCUGUGCCCCACUUGGAUGGAUACAGUUUUCCUCGCAAAGGGAAUCACGAAGGGGGGUUCGAUUACGUGGUCAGGUGCGGCGGAGACUUCACUAGCCUAGGGGAAAACCCACCUAGCGGCGCGCCGAAUCAAGCGAAUCAGCAAAACCAGCCGAACCGCGGAAAUAGCCACCCUAACCUGCUAAGUAACCAUUCAAACCGCGUGAACAACUCGACGGGUCACACGGACAACCCGUCCUCACACAACCAGAACAACCUAGUGCACAGCAUCAACGCGUACAACCUGUACUCAAGGCACAUGGCCGACACGUUCGCACCGAACAAACCCUCGAUGGUAAACCUGCACAAGAAUUUCAACAGCAGCGACCAUGCCUACGGGCCCCACGCAGAAGAAAUCCUUAAGCUACAGAACCGUUUCUCAUUCGGACACUUGGACGAAUAUACAAAUGAGGCUAACAGAAACUGGGCCCUGCGGAUUAACCAUCCUGGAUACCAUUAUAAUUACACACGGGGUGACGACAAGAUGAACAGCAUGGGCACCUGUUCGUCUAUCCAUAGCUACUCAAAUGAGUACGUAAAUAACCAUGAUGAUGUGAGAGGCCCUCCGGACAACCCGACCGCUGUCUCGACCGCCGAUUCGACCACUAACUCGACCAUCUUUGGCAACUAUUUUCACUUCGAUGGGAAUGCGGUUAAUUGCAAAAUGGAGAAGAAUUCCCCCGCCUUUGGGCCAAAGAUGUCGGAUGGGCGUGGCAGCGUGUUUGAUCAGUUCGGCGGGGGGGCUGCACAUUUGAGGAGUUGA